CAGUUUGUACCAACUUUAGCAUUUCAGAUAAAUUUCCUGUUUUUUUCUUUUUAGACGCAAAUCCCACCCAAUCCUCCAUUUCCCUCCAACACUAAUGUCCACUCAAUUAUCUCCGGCCAUCAUGCACAGAAUUUCCGGGUGGAAACCCACUAUUACUUGGAUAUCCCAUGAAACCGACUUGAAUCGUUGUUUUUGGGUUUUCAAGUGCUAAUACCUCCAUUAUUCCUAAACUGGGGUCUCUUUAAUUACCAUUUACAAAAUGUUGAUCUUCUUCUAUAAUCAGUAGCAAAAUUUGAUUCCUUUCUUCCCCCCUCCCCACCAGGGCCUUGGCCAUCUCCUACGUACCAAAUCUCAAUGUUUCUUGGCCUAAACUGAUCGAUCCAGAAUUUUUCAUCAUAUUCCUGUACAAAUCAACAACAUCUGAGCUAUGGAAGAAGCAAGGCAACAACAACACCAGCCAGAAAAACCCAACACACAUUCGGCGCCGAGAAACAUUAUAUUUGACAAGUAUGAGAUGGGAAGGUUUUUGGGCCAAGGCACCUUCGCCAAAGUCUACCAUGGCAGAAACCUCGCCACCAACGAAAGCGUAGCCAUCAAAGUGAUCAACAAGGAACACAUCAAGAAAGAAGGUCUCGUGGAGCAGAUCAAGCGCGAAAUCUCCAUCAUGCACUUGGUUCAUCACCCCCACAUCGUCGAGCUCAAAGAAGUCAUGGCCACAAAGACCAAGAUCUUCUUCGUCAUGGAGCACGUCAAGGGCGGCGAGCUCUUCGAAAAAAUAGCCAAAGGGAAGCUCAAAGAAGAUGUUGCACGUAAGUACUUUCAGCAAUUGAUAAGCGCCGUGGAUUUCUGCCACAGCCGCGGCGUUUCGCACCGUGAUUUGAAGCCGGAGAAUCUUCUCCUAGACGAGAAUGAAGACUUGAAAGUCUCAGAUUUUGGGCUGUCGGCGUUGCCGGAGCAGCAUUGGAGUGACGGCAUGCUGCACACGCAGUGCGGCACGCCGGCGUAUGUGGCUCCGGAGAUUUUGAGGAAGAAAGGGUACGAUGGAGCCAAGACGGAUUUAUGGUCUUGUGGCGUCGUUUUGUUUGUUUUUCUUGCUGGAUAUCUGCCGUUUCAGGAUGAGAAUGUUAUGAAGAGUUAUAGGAAGGUUUUCAAGGCCGAGUACCAGUUUCCGCCAUGGAUUUCUGGGGAUGCAAGGCGUUUGAUAAAAAAGCUUUUGGUUGUUGAUCCAGAAAACAGGGCUUCCAUUUCAGAAAUAAUGAAAGACCCUUGGUUUCAAAAGGGUUCUUCCAAUUUAACCAAGCUGAGUGUAGAUGAAGAAAAUGAAAAGAAGGAGAAAACUGGGGACAAAAGUACUAGUGCUACUACAAAUGACUCAUCAGAAUCCCCACCAUUCUUUAAUGCCUUUGAGUUCAUAUCAUCUAUGUCAUCCGGCUUCGACCUCUCAAACAUGUUUGAGAAGAAGAAGAGAACGGGGUCGAUGUUCACCUCCAAGUGCUCUGCGGCGGCGAUCAAGGCGAAGCUGCAGGUGGUGGCGGAGAUGUUGAAUUUCAGAGUGCUGUCUGAGAAGGAAUUCAAGGUGAAAUUGCUAGGGAAAGUGGAGGGAAGGAAAGGGAAGUUGGCGGUGGCGGCCGAGGUGUUUCAAGUAGCGCAGGAGGUGGCCGUGGUGGAGUUUUCGAAGCUAUCCGGCGACACUCUCGAGUACACAAAGUUUUGUGAGGAGGAUGUGAGGCCUGCGCUCAAGGACAUUGUGUGGACAUGGCAAGGUGAGGAAAAUAACUCUUCACAGAAAGUAGUUGGAAAUGUUUGUCAACAAAGUUGAGGUAAAAUGUUACCUGUUUGUUAGAACCCUAAUCCUAAUUAGGUUUCAGUCCAAUUUUCUGUUAUUAUUAUGGAAAUUGUGACAGCUUGUUUAAGAUUGUUCUGUUCUCUGUUGGAAGAGUUUGGUGUCUUGGCAGAAUGGCAGGGGAGGUAGCAUUUGUAAUGAAUAACACCAGUUUUGGAUAAUUCUUAUCUUUUUGAUGAGGCUUGGAUAA